AUGGAAUCGCAGGAAUCGCAGAUCCAUGGUCUCGCGUGGGAGAAAGAACUCUUUGGUUCCGAACCUCGAUGGACUCUUCAACCUGGAAUUGGGGCUAUAAAGCAGACAGUACAGUCGCUUCGGCCAUCAGGCACAGUCGAAGUGAAUUUCCUCGCCCAGGGCGGAUUCAACAAGGUCUACGAUGUCAGCAUAGACGAUGAAGUGUUUAUCAUGCGGAUCGCAUUGCCUGUCGAUCCACAUUAUAAAACCACGAGUGAAGUGGCAACAAUGGAUUGGGUACGCCGUAUCACAAAUCUCCCAAUCCCAAGAGUUAUCACCUACCAAGCUUCUCGAGACAAUCUGAUUGGAUUUGAAUGGAUCCUCAUGACCAAAAUGCCUUUAAAGCCCUUCGCUGAUUUUUACCGCUCUCUUCCCUUCGCUGCGAAGGAAAGCCUAGUUAGGAAGCUUGCAGUGAUGUCGGCUUGCCUUUUUCGAAAUCAAUUACGCGGAAUUGGAAAUAUCUAUGGGGAAUCCUCCGUCGAUGAACAUUCAUCAUCGAGUGAGCAAAUCCCGCCGCCUAGAGAGCUGGUCGAUACCAAAAUAUCAAUCCGCGCAAAGCAAUCCGGCUCAGAUGAUGGUAGCGCACCCAUGAGGAAGAACUCGGGAGCUCCUCUAUUUAAUCUACCCGAUAGAGUUUCUUCAGAAAGAGAUUUACCUAAUGUUGGCCGGAUUGUUUCUAUGCAGUUUUUCUGGCGUACACACAUUCACCAAGAUGCCCACCGGGGCCCAUUCCGCUCAAGUAAGGACUGGAUCACAGCUCACCUUUUAUUCAAUGAAAAUGACUGUUAUUCGGCCCUGGACAAAAGUUCAGCUGGAGACCUUGAUAGUGACGACGAGGAAGAAGUGGAGGACGCUACAAGGACGCUACCAAUAAUCGGCAAACUCAGGUCUCUCCUUCCUCUAGUCUUUCCAACGGAUGAUGAUGAUAUGAUGAUUCAGAACCUUCAAUGA